AUGCAGAUGAGGAAGAAGUAUCUUAAAGACCGCAGCUGUGACAGGCACAUACCCUGCCCGAUGGCGGUGGCUGGACCCGGCUCCCGGAGCGGAUUCGCGCGCGCCUGGACCCGGCGUUACCUGGGCCUGGCUGUACCUGGGCGCAGCGGCAAGGACCAGAGCGUCGCAGAGAGGGACGUGGUGCCGGCGCCGCCGCUGGAAGCCGCGGCGCUGGGAGCCCGAGAGGGCCGCGCAGAGGAGCCGGGGCUCGUCGGGAUCCCCCAGCCCCCGCCUUGCGCCUCCGUGAGUGGCUCCCGCGCGGCUGUGUACGGCCGCAUUCGUGUUUCUGCGUUUGCUGGAGGCCGCCGCACGGAGCAAGAGCUGCCGGGAGGCGGCCUGGAGCGUCUGGGCGGGAGUGGCCUGGGGACGCACGGCCCGGGUGGCGUGAAGGCCCCUGGGGAUCCGCGCGCCGGCACCCGGGGCGAAAGUUCCCAGUCGGAUCGUGGGGCGUGGCGCUCGGGGGUCGCCGCAACAGUUGGCUGCCUCUCCCCGCGCAGUGUCGCUUGCUCACCAGGUCCGCCGUGGAGGCCGAGCCGCCCGAGCGCCCGGAGGAGCCGCGGGGCCACCAUGUCCGCGCGCCCGCGCUGCCGGGGUCUGCUGUGCUUGCUGGCAGUGACGGCCGCCGUGCGCCCCGGCGCGUGCGGGCUGUGCCCCGCCGCCUGCACCUGCGCCACCGACGUCGUCAGCUGCACCGACAGGAACCUGUCCAGGGUGCCUGCCAACCUCUUCAGGCUCGUCCGGAGACUGGACCUGAGUUACAACCGGAUCGGGCUCCUGGACUCCGACUGGAUGCCGUCGCCCCUGCUGAAGCUCAGCACCCUGGUCGUGCGCCACAACCAUGUCGCCAGCGUCUCCGCGGGCAGCUUCGCCGCGACUCCCAACGUCCGGAGCCUGGACCUGUCGUGCAACCGGCUGCAGUCGGUGCGCGACGCCGCGUUCCAGGAGCUGCGGGCGCUGGAGGUGCUGCUGCUCUACGACAACCGCAUCUCGCGUCUGGACCCGGCGGCCUUCGGGGGCCUCUCGCGCCUGCAGAGGCUGUACCUGAGCGGCAACUCCCUCACGCAGUUCCCAGUGGGUCUCUACCUGGGCAGGUUCAGGCUGGCGGCGCUCACGUUCCUGGACGUGUCCUACAACCGGAUCCCCGCCGUGCCGGUGCACCACAUGCACCUGGUGCCGGGCCGGCAGCUGCGGGGCAUCCACCUGCACGGAAACCCCUUCGUCUGCGACUGCGCGCUGCACUCGCUGCUGGCCUUCUGGUACCGCCGGCGCUUCAGCGCGGUGGUGGAGUUCAGGGACCACUACACCUGCCGCCCUGCGGCCGCCGCCGGAAGCGGCCAGCAGGUGCCCCUCCUGCGGGAGAGCUUCCUGAACUGCUCGGACAGCGUUGUCAACGGCUCCUUCCACGCGCUGGGCUUCGUCCGUGAGGCCCAGGUCGGGGAGAGACUGGUGGUGCACUGUGACAGCAAAGCUGGCACGGCAAACACCGACUUCCUGUGGUUGGGCCCAGACAACAGGCUGCUGGAGCCGGAUAAGGACGGGGAAAACUUCCACGUGUUCCCCAACGGCAGCCUGGUGAUAGAGAGCCCUCGGCCAGAGGACGCCGGUGUGUACUCCUGCAUCGCCAUGAACAGGCAGCACCGGCUGAACGAGACCCUGGACGUCACCAUCACCGUGAGCAACUUCUCUGCGGUGAGCAGGGCCCACGCGCACGAGGCCUUCAACACGGCAUUCACCACCCUGGCGGCCUGCGUGGCCAGCAUCGUGUUGGUGCUCCUGUACCUGUAUCUGACGCCGUGUCCCUGCAGGUGCAAGGCCAGGAGACAGAGGAGCAUGCCAAGCCAGAGCAGCGGUGGCGGCCCCCUCUCUGUGCCGAGUCCAGGCCCCGCCGCUGAGGGUGCGGUGGACGAGCCGAGGGCGGGUGCUGGGAAAAGAGUGGUGUUCCUGGAGCCUCUGAGGGACGCCGCGGCCCGGCAGAAUGGCAGGGUCCGGCUCUUCCCUGGCGAGGCCGCCCUGGCCGAGGGCAUCCUGAAGUCCUCUCGGGGGAAGUCCGACUCGGGCUCCGUGAACUCGGUGUUCUCAGACACACCCUUUGUGGCCUCCACCUGA